CCACGACCUGCUGUAGUUUGGAGUAAAGAAAACGGUUCGUUGCCGAAAGGAAGAUCUUCUGUUGACAGCAACGGGAAACUUGAACUGAGACAAGUCGCUACAUCUGAUACAGGAACAUAUGUAUGCAAAGCUUUUAACAUUCUUGGUAACAAACACAGCAAAUCGACAAUUGAAGUGAACUCUCGACCUAGAGUGACCUUGAUCAGUGGACCAGUAUAUGAAAAGAUAGGUACGGACAUUCUUAUGCCGAAAUGUCACGUGACAGGACAUCCGAAACCAAAGAUUACGUGGUCCAAGUCUAUUGGUUCAUUGAAUAUCAGUCGAAGCGUCAUCACAGAAGGACAGAUGUCACUCUUUAGAGCAAGCAAAGAAGAUUCUGGGACAUAUUUGUGUAAAGCUGAAAAUCUUCUUGGCUCAGUUACAAAAGGAACGUUUCUUAUUGUUGUCGAGCUGCCUAGAUUCACUAUAAAACCUCCUACAUCACUUGUCACCCUUCCUGGAAAAACUGUUCGUCUCAAUUGUAAAGCUACAGGAGAGCCUAAACCAGUCAUAACAUGGAGAAGGGAAAAUGGUGUUCUUCCUAUUGGCAGGCACGAAGUAAGAGAUGGUUCUUUGAUCCUCAAAGAUUUUACGACAACAGAUUUUGGUGCAUAUAUUUGUACUGCAACAAGUGCUGAUGUUUUUAACAGAGAAUCAAGAUCCACUAUCAAGGCUCACUUUAGAGAUUGUUCAGAAAUCUUCCAAUCAGGAGAGAGACGUGACGGCAAAUACACAGUGAAUCCUGACAACCAAGGUAGCUUCCAAGUGUACUGUGACAUGACAACUGACGGUGGGGGCUGGACUGUGUUUCAACGUCGUAAAGACGGAUCGGUCGAUUUUUAUCUCAAUUGGCAGCAAUACAAAACAGGUUUUGGAAACCUGAAUGGCGAGUUUUGGUUGGGUAACGAUUACAUCCAUCGACUGACAGCAAGAACAGCAUCAAGUCUUCGCGUAGAAAUCGGGGACUGGGACGGAUCUCGGAAGUAUGCCAAAUAUGGUACUUUUAGUGUAGGUGAUGAGUCAGACAAGUACAGGUUGAGUGUUGGCGGGUAUUCGGGUACAGCUGGAUACUCAAUGGCAUAUAAAAACAGUGCUUUUACCACCAAAGAUAGAGAUAACGAUGGUCAUAGUAGUAAUUGUGCAGUUCUGCGUACCGGUGCGUGGUGGUAUUAUGAUUGUGCAGACUCUAAUCUUAAUGGAAAGUAUUUAGGAAACGUUGUUAAGGAGAGUGGCUUGUUUUGGUACCAUUACAAAAAUAACUGGCAGUCUUUUAAAACAACUGAAAUGAAGCUUCGACCACAAAACCAUAAAUGAUUAAGUAGAUCAUUGUCAUGGAAUGAUAGACUCUGAACCUUUUACGUCACUGCUUGAUUUGCAAUGCAUUGUGGGAACAGUCUCUAGAGAAAACAAAAGAAAUACGCCGUGUUCUAUCCCCAUCCUACAAUGCAUUGCGGAUGCGUUAUACGUACGUAAUGUAAAAGCUUCAGAGAUCUAUUGAUAUAUAAAGUGUGCUCAAUCUGAUUAUUUCCGUAUGUCAGAGCUCAAAAAUAAAACUUGCUAUGUUCUUUUUUAAUAAGAAAUAGAGAAAUAUAGAAAAGAAGUUUAUCAAUAUCAUCGAAUGCAACGUAUGUUUAUUCGUUAUGCCGUAGAUUUAUUUUGUAUUAAUAUCAUUAAUUUGAAGGUGAUUUUGUGACUGAUAUUUUACUUUAGGGCACAGGAAACCCAUGACACAAAAACCAACUGCAUAAGAGCGUAAAUGUAUUAAAAUACACGUAGGACAAUCGGGAAAGAAAGGAAGUUUUUUUAUUUUUUUUUAUGUAACUAGAUGAAGCUAUAGUAAGACGAGUGAUAAUCCAAGGAUGGAAAGCAUACUGUGCAAAUUCAACUUUUGAUCAGCAUGAUUAUGAUUUUGCAAUAAAAUCGAAAUAUAGCUGUCAUUACGAUCUUCUGUACAUAAUUCAAAAGUUGAAUUUGCACAGUAUGCUUUCCAUCCUUGGAUUAUCACUCGUCUUACUAUAUGCCAAAUUGUCGGAUGGUUCUGGUUUUUAGAUGAAGCUAGUCAACAUAAUUUCUAAUCACUAAAUAUAUAUGUAAUUGAGUGUGAUUAAGUUUUUUUAAGUUUUUUAAAGAUUUUUUGAUGUGUAAGUGUGUAGUUGCGUUCAUGCUUCUUGCUCUUUUUUAUUUCUCAAUUUAUUUCUAUUGUUCUUUCGUUCAUUUUUUCAUUCUUUUUUCUGUAAAAGAAGAGAGUUGGAGUAAAAGAGCGAAAACUGACUAGAAAGUUGGUGAUUGCGAAACAAAAACUGGUAGGGGUGAUUUUUAUGUUAUAUAUGAAAUAUGAGCGGGAGACCUUUACGGACAUUAACAACAAACUGCUAGCUGCAAGUGAGCAGUUUUAAAGCCAAUAAAGGUCAAGUCAUGUGGCUAAUAAAAAUAUAUUCCACGGCAUAAAUUCCAUACACUUAACGUAAUCCGGUCACAGUGUGUUCAACGAGGUGGUUCUCGUUACUAUUAUGAUAAAACAAACAA